AUGACCGUUGCACUUAGGAUGCAUGCUUAUGGAGUAACAGCUAAUUUUAUGGAUGAAUAUGUGAGAAUAGCAAAAAGCACUGCAAUGAUGAGUUUGAAAAAAUUUGUUGCAAUGGUGGUUGCUAUUUUCUCAAAGGAAUACUUGAGGUCACCAAAUAAUGAAGAUAUUGCUAAAUUGUUAGCCCAUGGCCAAAAUUGUGGAUUUCCAAGCAUGUUGAGAAGUAUUGAUUGCAUGUAUUGGAAAUGGAAAAAUUGUCCAGCUGCAUGGAAAUGGAUGUCAAAUAAUGAUAUUAACGUGUUGGAGCGGUCUCAUAUAUUUUUUGAGCUUGCACAAGGACAUACUCCUGUAGUUAAUUAUUCAAUCAAUGGUCAUGAUUACACAAUGGGAUACUAUCUUGCCAAUGUCAUAUAUCCAAAGUGGUUAACAUUUGUGAAGACAAUCCUAGCUCCACUAGGACAAAAAAGAAAAUUAUUUGCAAAAGCUCAGAAGGCAUAUAUGAAGGAUGUAGAGUGUGCAUUUAGAGUGCUUCAAGCACGAUUUGCAAUUGCACGUGGACCUAUAUGGUUUUUCUAUCAUGAAAUGCUACAAGACAUUAUGAAAGCAUGCAUAAUUCUCCAUAACAUGGUUAUUGAAGAUGAGCGAGAUGAAGCUAAAGUAGUGGACUUAGAUUAUGAACAAAGUGAUGAGAUUUCGUGUAUACCAAUGUCACAGAAGCCAACAAAUGAAUUUAUGGAGUUCAUUCAAGUUCAUCGAUGCAUUAGGAAUAGGGACCAAGAAGUUCAUUCUCAACUCCAAAUGAAUCUCGUUGAACAUUUAUGGCAAUUACAAGGAGAGUCGUGA